AUGAAGCCAGGUGAUCAUUUGUUAAUAAAGUAAAUUGACUUUGUAUUGUAGAGUGCCAUUGGUGAGGGUAUGACUCGCAGGGACCACUCUGAUGUUUCUAAUCAAUUGUAUGCCAACUACGCUAUUGGAAAGGACGUCCAGGCCAUGAAAGCCGUGGUUGGAGAAGAAGCUCUUUCGUCCGAGGAUCUGCUAUAUCUUGAGUUCUUGGACAAAUUCGAGAGGAAGUUUGUGGCUCAGGGAGCUUAUGAUACCCGAAAUAUCUUCCAGUCACUCGACCUGGCAUGGACACUCCUGCGGAUCUUCCCCCGUGAGUUGCUUCACCGUAUACCCGCGAAAACCCUUGAUCAGUUUUACAGCCGCGACACCACCAACUGAAAAACAGAAUCGCUACUACUGUACGUUGGUGUGGUGAUAUGUCCAAAUGCAUUGUUUGUUUUUUUUUUUUCUGCGGUUGGUUCGCACCUCUGUGCCGGCCGUCCCAAUAAAUGGUGUUUGUUCCCAAUCGCUAGACCCUUUAUAAUUAUUGUCUUCGAAACUAAGCAAGCAGGUUGAUUAUUCUUUUUGAAAGAGAGAUUUGAGGUUCUUUUUGUAAUUUAUGAUUAUUAUUUUUUCGUUUUUGGUCCCAAAAUACUGGUUCUGAACAACAUCAAUAUACAUUUCUUCGUCUUA